AAAUUAUUUAUAAUCCAUAAUUGAGAGCUGAAUAAGAGAGGGGUUUAAUCAGGGUUUCUUCUGCCCUUACUUUUUGUUUCCAUUUUCUUCUUCUUCUUCUUCUUCUUCUUCUCUCUCCGUAACAUAACAAUGCGACAUGAGAUCCUUCUUCAUCUUCAGCCAUGAAUCUUCAGCUCAAAUCUGUAUCUCAUCGGCUUUCCACUUGUCACCGUCAUCCUUCCAAGCCGGUGACUGGGUUCUGCGCCUCUUGUCUCCGGGAACGUCUUGCUGGGAUUGAUCCCGACACCCAGCACGAAUCGCCUGUCCAGAACAACCAUUCUUCAGCCGAGCUUCGUCGGAGUAAAUCCCAUUCUGCUGCCAAGUGUGAGGCUGGCGGUAUUGGACAAUCGGAAGUGCAGCAUCGGAAAUCUUGUGAUGUUCGCUCCGGGAACUCGUUGUCGGACCUUUUCUGUCGUGAAGAUAAACCGAGAUGUACGAAUCGGGAGGUGGAGAUCGAAUCUGAGAAUUUAGGUUUUGAGUUGCGGGAGGUUGUGGGUAAUGGCAGACAAUUUAGGGCUUCUGAAGGGAUAAUUGGACCGGGUUUGGGUACGAUCGAUGGUUUUUCUGGAGAGGAAGCUGAGUUCAAGACGGUUAAAGAGUUUAUAGAUCUUGAAUUUCGGAGGAAGAAGAAUGCAGGUCGAGAUUUAAGAGAAAUUGCUGGGAGUGUUUGGGAAGCGGCUUCAGGUUUUAGUAAGAAACUCGGCAAAUGGAGGAAAAAGCAAAAGAGGAAGAAUCUCAGUAACAAUAGCUACGUAGGUGCGGUGAAAGCAGAGGAUAUCAAGCCCAGAGCGCAUGAAAUCAGGGAGACUCGUUCGGAGGUUGGAGAAUAUGGAUUGGGAAGAAGGUCUUGUGAUACAGAUCCAAGAUUCUCUGUUGAUGCCGGUAGAAUGUCGUUGGAUGAUUCACGGUAUUCAUUUGAUGAGCCAAGAGCUUCUUGGGAUGGGUAUCUGAUUGGAAAAACAUAUCCAAGGAUUACGCCGAUGGUUUCAGUUUUGGAGGAGGCCAAAUUUUCCGGUACUGGAUUUGAGAAAGAUGAUCCUUCCGAUGAAGCAGAAGGAUCUCCGAUGAAUGUAGGAGAUAAGAUCCCUGGUGGAUCGGCUCAGACUAAAGACUACUACAUGGAUUCGUUGUCUUCUAUGAGGCGGAGGAAGAGUUUUGAUCGUUCAUGUUCACACAGAAAAGGGGCGUCAGGGGAUUUUGAUGAAUUGAAAUUAAUAUCAAACGCAAAGGUAUCUCCUGCAACUACAGAGUUGUUCUAUGGUGCAAAGGUUCUAAUCACCGAGAAAGACUUGAACAGCUCUCGGCCAAAAACAACCGGAGAUGGCGAUUUGAGUGGCACUGAUGUUACUUCCAAAGAUUCUGUUCCCGAUGCACCUGUGAUUGACCGAAAGACAUUCAAGAAGGUGCAUAGGUGGCGUAAAGUAUUAAGCGUUCUUGGUAUGGUUCAAAAGCGAAAUGGUGAAAGCAAGUCUGAUGAUGAAGAAAGCAGUGUUGGAGGGAAUGUCGUCGAUCGGCCUGUAGUUGAGUCUUGGGAAAAACUGAGGCGUGUUGCGAAUGGAGAAGCAAACUCUUGUGUUAGCCAGAAGCUUAUCCGCAGUUACAGCGUAAGCUGUCGAGAUCCCAGCAAACUAGCUGGCUUUAAUGGCGGUAACGAUUCGAAACUGAACGUUACAAGAUGGAGAGACGAUUUUACAUUGCAGAGGAAUCGGAGUGUCAGGUAUUCACCAAAUAACUUCGAUAAUGGUGGCUUAUUAAGGUUCUAUUUGACACCAUUGAGGAGCUACAACAGAGGCAAACUAGGAAAGAACAGGCCAAGAAAUUCUCCUUUCAAUGUCAAGCAUGUUAUAUAAAAAGGUGCAUCCCGUUCACUUGUUCCUAGAAACUUUGUAUUGUAAACAUUAUAUAAACUAGUUGUUCUCGUUCCUUAGAUAAAACUUAUGUUCUUAUUACGAGAUGGAUAAAGGUUGAUAAGUGAAUUCAAUUUCCGUUGUUAA